AUGGACGGGGAUAGUGCCGCUGGCCCAGAUGGGUUCACUGGCAAAUUCUUUUCCUCCUCCUGGGAUAUAAUUGGUAUGGAUAUCUAUAGAGCUGUGCAAAGUUUUUUCAGUGGAGAAGAGCUGCCACGGCGGAUUAUAUCUAUAAUUCUGGUGGCUAGGCUUGCGCCUAUUCUUCCCAAGAUAAUUUCUGCAAAUCAAAGUGGUUUCGUCCGGGGGCGGUUAAUCUCGGAUAAUUAUUUGCUAACUCAGGAAUUGAUUUCGAAUAUUGGUAGGAAAGCGAGGGGAGGGAAUGUGGCACUGAAACUGGACAUGAUGAAGGCUUAUGAUCGGGUGGUUUGGCCUUUUUUGAUCAAUGUGCUUAGGGCUUUUGGGUUUGGAGAGCAGUGGAUUGAUAUGGGAUUUUGCAUUCCAAGAGGUUGUCCCCUAGUGACUCACUUGGGGUAUGCGGAUGAUGUGCUUAUUUUCUCCAGUGUGUCGGCGAGAUCGUUAAAGCUAGUGAAGCGGGUUUUGACAACCUAUGAGGCAGUUUUCGGGCAAAUGAUCAAUGCAGGGAAAAGUUGCUUCUUAUUGCACCCAAAGGUAUGUCCCUCCAAGAAGAUGGCAAUUCAGAGGUUAACUGGUUUCAUGUAUAAGUCUUUCCCGAUUAAAUAUCUAGGGUUCCCCCUUUAUUGCGGGCGACGGAAGAAAGACUACUUUGGGGGAUUGUGUCAAGCUAUCCUACUUCGUCUUCAGUCCUGGCAGAAUAGGGUGUUGUCACAGGAAGGGAAGAUAGUGUUACUAAAACAUGUCCUCUCAUCUAUGCCUACUUACUUGUUAAUGGCAGCAUCUCCUCCCAAAUCUAUUUUCCAGGAGCUCAAGGGCAUGUUUUCUAAUUUUCUUUGGGGAGCUACAGAGGGGGGUUCCAAGUACCAUUGGAUUCGGUGGAAGGAUUUGUGUGUUCCGCAUGAAAAAGGGGGGGUUGGAUUGCGCCAAUUGGAGGAUGUCUUCAAACCUUUCUCAAUCAAGUUGUGGUGGAAUUUUCGCGCUAAUACAUCCUUGUGGCUUGGUUUUAUGCAGGCUAAGUUUUGUCGGGAGGUGCACCCGAAUCUAGUCUUUGGUGCUAAGGGCUCAGAGGUGUGGAGAAGGAUGAUGAAGGUGCAGAAUAUUGCUGAGAGGCAUAUCAGAUGGAUUGUUCGAUCCGGGUCCUCGAAUUUUUGGUUUGAUAAUUGGCUUGGUUCGAGAGGAUUGUCAGAUCGGUUGGAUAGUUUGUCCGAUCAUAAAGUAGUGGACUUUGUGCAACAUAGCACCUAG